CCGCCCUCGGCCCCAGGCUUCGCUGGCCCCCGGCUGCCCGCGGACGCCCUCCCCAGUCAUGAACCCCCCGGAGGGGGCAGCGGAGGAAGGAGGAGCAGCCGACUCGGACGUGGACGCCUUUUUCCGGACAGGGUCUUUUCGGAAUGAUGGUUUGAAAGCUUCUGAUGUCCUUCCCAUCCUAAAGGAAAAAGUGGCCUUCGUGUCUGGGGGCCGUGAUAAGCGAGGAGGACCCAUCCUGACCUUCCCUGCUCGCAGCAAUCAUGACAGAAUAAGACAGGAAGACCUGCGGAAACUCGUGACCUAUUUGGCCAGCGUGCCAAGCGAGGACGUGUGCAAACGUGGCUUCACCGUCAUCAUCGACAUGCGGGGCUCCAAGUGGGACCUCAUCAAACCCCUCCUCAAGACACUGCAGGAAGCCUUUCCAGCCGAGAUCCAUGUGGCCCUCAUCAUCAAACCUGACAACUUCUGGCAGAAGCAGAAGACUAACUUUGGCAGCUCCAAAUUCAUCUUUGAGACGAGCAUGGUGUCCGUGGAGGGCCUCACGAAGCUGGUGGACCCCUCCCAGCUGACGGAGGAGUUUGACGGCUCCCUGGACUACAACCAUGAGGAAUGGAUUGAGCUGCGGCUCUCCCUGGAGGAGUUCUUCAACAGCGCCGUGCACCUGCUCUCGCGCCUCGAGGACCUGCAGGAGAUGCUGGCCCGGAAGGAGUUCCCUGUGGAUGUGGAGGGCUCUCGGCGGCUCAUCGAUGAGCACACGCAGCUCAAGAAGAAGGUGCUGAAGGCCCCUGUGGAGGAGCUGGACCGGGAGGGGCAGCGGCUUCUGCAGUGUAUCCGCUGCAGCGAUGGCUUCUCGGGGCGCAACUGCAUCCCGGGCAGCGCUGACUUCCAGAGCCUGGUGCCCAAGAUCACCAGCCUCCUGGACAAGCUGCACUCCACCCGGCAGCACCUGCACCAGAUGUGGCACGUGCGCAAGCUCAAGCUGGACCAGUGCUUCCAGCUGCGGCUCUUCGAGCAGGAUGCCGAGAAGAUGUUCGACUGGAUAAGCCACAACAAGGAGUUAUUCCUUCAGAGCCAUACGGAGAUCGGAGUCAGCUACCAGCAUGCCCUAGACCUCCAGACACAGCACAAUCACUUCGCCAUGAACUCCAUGAAUGCCUAUGUCAACAUCAACCGCAUCAUGUCUGUGGCUUCCCGCCUCUCUGAGGCUGGCCAUUAUGCCUCGCAGCAAAUCAAGCAGAUUUCCACACAGCUGGACCAGGAGUGGAAGAGCUUCGCAGCUGCCCUGGACGAACGCAGCACCAUCCUCGCCAUGUCUGCGGUGUUCCACCAGAAGGCUGAGCAGUUCCUGUCAGGAGUGGACGCCUGGUGCAAGAUGUGCAGCGAAGGUGGCCUGCCAUCUGAAAUGCAGGACCUGGAGCUGGCGAUCCAUCACCACCAGUCCUUGUAUGAGCAGGUGACCCAGGCCUACACGGAGGUCAGUCAGGAUGGCAAAGCACUGCUGGAUGUGCUGCAGCGUCCCCUGAGUCCUGGGAACUCCGAGUCGCUCACAGCCACAGCCAACUACUCCAAGGCAGUGCACCAGGUGCUGGAUGUGGUGCACGAGGUGCUGCACCACCAGCGGCGGCUCGAGAGCAUCUGGCAGCACCGCAAGGUGCGGCUCCACCAGCGGCUGCAGCUUUGCGUCUUCCAGCAGGACGUCCAGCAGGUGUUGGACUGGAUUGAAAACCAUGGUGAGGCCUUUCUCAGCAAACACACAGGGGUUGGGAAGUCCCUGCAUCGAGCCCGGGCCCUGCAGAAGAGGCAUGAUGAUUUUGAAGAGGUGGCUCAGAACACAUACACCAACGCGGACAAGCUCCUAGAAGCAGCAGAGCAGCUGGCUCAGACGGGGGAAUGUGACCCCGAGGAGAUCUACAAGGCAGCUCGACACCUGGAGGUGCGCAUCCAAGACUUUGUGCGCAGGGUGGAGCAGCGGAAGCUUCUCCUGGACAUGUCUGUCUCCUUCCACACACACACCAAAGAGUUGUGGACAUGGAUGGAAGACCUUCAGAAGGAGAUGCUGGAGGAUGUCUGUGCAGACUCAGUGGAUGCGGUCCAGGAACUGAUCAAGCAGUUCCAGCAGCAGCAGACCGCCACUCUGGAUGCAACGCUCAACGUUAUCAAGGAAGGCGAAGACCUUAUUCAGCAGCUCAGGUCAGCGCCUCCCUCCCUGGGGGAGCCCAGCGAGGCCAGGGACUCGGCUGUGUCUAACAACAAGACGCCCCACAGUAGCUCCAUCAGCCACAUUGAGUCGGUCCUGCAGCAGCUGGAUGACGCCCAGGUGCAGAUGGAGGAGCUAUUCCAUGAGAGGAAGAUCAAGCUGGACAUCUUCCUGCAGCUGCGCAUCUUUGAGCAGUAUACCAUUGAGGUGACAGCAGAGCUAGACGCCUGGAAUGAGGACUUGCUUCGGCAGAUGAAUGACUUCAACACAGAAGAUCUGACGCUGGCAGAGCAGCGGCUGCAGCGCCACACGGAGCGGAAGCUAGCCAUGAACAACAUGACCUUCGAGGUCAUCCAGCAGGGCCAGGAUCUGCACCAGUACAUCAUGGAGGUCCAGGCCUCAGGAAUUGAGUUAAUCUGUGAGAAAGAUAUUGAUCUGGCCGCCCAGGUGCAAGAGCUACUGGAGUUUCUCCAUGAGAAGCAGCAUGAAUUAGAGCUCAACGCAGAGCAGACCCAUAAGCGGCUCGAGCAGUGCCUCCAACUGCGGCACCUCCAGGCCGAGGUCAAACAGGUCCUGGGAUGGAUCCGCAAUGGGGAGUCAAUGCUCAACGCCAGCCUGGUCAAUGCCAGCUCUUUGUCUGAAGCAGAGCAGCUGCAGCGGGAGCACGAGCAGUUCCAACUGGCCAUCGAGUCCCUCUUUCAUGCCACUUCCUUGCAGAAGACGCACCAGAGUGCCCUGCAGGUACAGCAGAAAGCCGAGGCACUGCUCCAGGCUGGCCACUAUGACGCAGACGCCAUCCGGGAAUGUGCUGAGAAGGUGGCCCUCCACUGGCAGCAGCUGAUGCUGAAGAUGGAAGACCGGCUAAAACUGGUCAAUGCUUCUGUGGCCUUUUACAAAACUUCUGAACAGGUUUGUAGUGUCCUGGAGAGCUUAGAGCAAGAAUACAGGAGAGAUGAGGAUUGGUGUGGUGGACGAGAUAAACUGGGGCCAGCAGCAGAGAUCGACCACGUGAUUCCGCUCAUCAGUAAACAUUUGGAACAAAAGGAGGCCUUUCUUAAGGCCUGUACCCUGGCACGGCGGAACGCGGAGGUGUUUCUCAAGUACAUCCACAGGAACAACGUCAGCAUGCCCAGUGCCGCCAGCCACACCCGAGGACCUGAGCAGCAAGUCAAAGCCAUCUUGAGCGAGCUCUUACAGAGGGAGAAUCGCGUCCUACACUUCUGGACCUUGAAGAAGCGGCGGUUAGACCAGUGCCAGCAAUACGUGGUGUUUGAGCGCAGUGCUAAGCAGGCGCUGGACUGGAUCCAAGAAACAGGUGAAUAUUACCUCUCAACACAUACCUCCACCGGAGAGACCACAGAGGAGACUCAGGAACUGCUGAAAGAAUAUGGGGAAUUCAGGGUGCCUGCCAAGCAAACCAAGGAGAAGGUGAAGCUUCUGAUUCAGCUGGCCGAUAGCUUUGUGGAAAAAGGCCACAUUCAUGCCACAGAGAUCAGGAAAUGGGUGACCACGGUGGAUAAGCAUUACAGAGACUUCUCCUUGAGGAUGGGGAAGUACCGGUACUCCCUGGAGAAAGCCCUAGGAGUCAACACAGAGGAUAACAAGGACCUGGAGCUGGACAUCAUCCCAGCAAGCCUUUCAGAUCGUGAGGUCAAGCUGCGAGAUGCCAACCACGAAGUCAAUGAAGAAAAGCGGAAGUCAGCCCGGAAGAAAGAAUUCAUUAUGGCUGAACUACUCCAGACAGAGAAAGCUUAUGUAAGGGACUUACACGAGUGCUUAGAGACCUACCUGUGGGAAAUGACCAGUGGUGUGGAGGAGAUCCCCCCGGGGAUCCUUAAUAAAGAGCAUAUCAUCUUUGGCAACAUCCAGGAGAUCUACGAUUUCCAUAACAACAUCUUCCUCAAAGAGCUGGAGAAGUACGAGCAGCUGCCUGAGGAUGUGGGACACUGCUUUGUCACCUGGGCAGACAAGUUUCAGAUGUAUGUCACCUACUGUAAGAACAAGCCUGAUUCUAACCAGCUGAUCCUGGAGCAUGCAGGCACCUUCUUUGAUGAGAUACAGCAGCGGCACGGUCUGGCCAACUCCAUCUCUUCCUACCUGAUUAAGCCCGUCCAGAGGAUCACCAAGUACCAACUGCUCCUGAAGGAACUCUUAACUUGCUGUGAAGAAGGGAAAGGGGAGCUCAAGGAUGGCCUGGAGGUGAUGCUCAGUGUCCCAAAGAAAGCCAAUGACGCCAUGCAUGUCAGCAUGCUGGAAGGAUUCGACGAGAACCUGGACGUGCAGGGGGAGCUGAUUCUCCAGGAUGCCUUUCAAGUGUGGGACCCGAAGUCGCUGAUCCGGAAGGGACGGGAGCGGCACCUGUUCCUCUUUGAGAUCUCCUUGGUUUUUAGCAAGGAGAUCAAAGACUCUUCAGGACACACGAAAUAUGUUUACAAGAACAAGCUACUGACCUCAGAGCUGGGUGUGACCGAGCACGUGGAGGGUGAUCCCUGCAAAUUCGCCUUGUGGUCCGGGCGCACCCCGUCCUCAGACAAUAAAACAGUGCUAAAAGCCUCCAACAUAGAAACCAAGCAGGAGUGGAUCAAGAACAUUCGAGAGGUGAUUCAAGAAAGGAUCAUUCACCUGAAAGGAGCUUUAAAGGAGCCAAUUCAGCUCCCCAAAACACCAGCCAAACAGAGGAACAAUAGUAAGAGGGAUGGAGUGGAGGAUGUUGACAGCCAGGGGGAUGGGAGCAGCCAGCCAGACACCAUCUCCAUUGCAUCUAGGACCUCUCAGAACACAGUGGACAGUGACAAGCUCUCUGGUGGAUGUGAGUUGACCGUGGUCCUCCAGGACUUCAAUGCAGGCCACAGCAGCGAGCUGACCAUCCAGGUGGGACAGACGGUGGAGCUGCUGGAGCGGCCGAGCGAGCGGCCGGGCUGGUGUCUGGUGCGCACCACGGAGCGGAGCCCCCCGCAGGAGGGCCUGGUCCCCAGCAGUGCCCUGUGCAUCUCCCAUUCCCGAAGCAGCGUGGAGAUGGACUGCUUCUUCCCAUUGGUGAAAGAUGCUUACUCUCAUUCCUCAAGUGAAAAUGGAGGCAAGUCCGAGUCGGUGGCCAACCUGCAGACUCAGCCCUCCCUGAACUCCAUCCACAGUUCCCCCGGUCCCAAGCGCUCCACCAACACCCUUAAGAAGUGGCUAACGAGUCCCGUGCGCCGGCUCAACAGCGGGAAAGCAGAUGGAAACAUCAAGAAGCAGAAGAAAGUACGGGAUGGUCGGAAGAGCUUCGACCUGGGAUCUCCCAAGCCUGGAGAUGAGACGACCCCUCAGGGAGACAGCGCUGAUGAGAAGAGCAAGAAAGGUUGGGGUGAAGAUGAGCCAGAUGAAGAGUCACACACCCCCCUCCCUCCACCUAUGAAGAUCUUUGACAACGACCCCACGCAGGACGAGAUGUCCUCCUCUUUGCUAGCAGCCCGGCAGGCUUCCACCGAAGUACCUACUGCUGCAGACCUUGUCAGUGCAAUAGAACAGUUGGUCAAAAGCAAGCUGAGUCUAGAAGGAGGCUCAUACCGGGGAAGCUUGAAAGACCCUGCAGGCUGCCUGAAUGAGGGAAUGACCCCGCCCACACCUCCUAGAAAUCUGGAAGAAGAACAGAAAGCCAAGGCCCUGAGAGGCAGGAUGUUUGUCCUGAAUGAGCUGGUACAGACAGAGAAAGACUAUGUCAAGGAUCUGGGGAUUGUGGUGGAGGGCUUCAUGAAGAGAAUAGAAGAAAAGGGUGUCCCUGAGGACAUGCGAGGAAAGGAUAAAAUAGUGUUUGGAAAUAUUCACCAGAUCUAUGACUGGCAUAAGGACUUUUUCCUGGCUGAACUGGAAAAAUGUAUCCAGGAGCAAGACAGAUUGGCACAGCUCUUUAUUAAACAUGAGCGGAAGCUGCACAUCUACGUGUGGUACUGCCAGAAUAAGCCGCGCUCAGAGUACAUCGUCGCCGAGUACGACGCCUACUUUGAAGAGGUGAAACAGGAGAUAAAUCAAAGGCUGACACUCAGCGACUUCCUUAUCAAGCCCAUUCAGAGAAUAACAAAAUAUCAACUGCUCCUCAAGGACUUCCUGAGAUACAGCGAGAAGGCUGGUUUGGAGUGUUCAGAUAUUGAGAAAGCAGUGGAGUUAAUGUGCCUUGUUCCAAAACACUGCAAUGACAUGAUGAAUCUGGGACGCCUGCAGGGCUUUGAGGGCACCCUGACGGCUCAGGGGAAGCUGCUGCAGCAGGACACGUUCUAUGUGAUUGAGCUGGAUGCAGGCAUGCAGUCCCGGACCAAGGAGAGGCGCGUGUUCCUCUUUGAGCAAAUUGUCAUCUUCAGUGAACUGCUCAGAAAGGGAUCCCUCACCCCGGGCUACAUGUUCAAAAGGAGCAUCAAGAUGAAUUACUUGGUCCUGGAGGAGAAUGUGGACGAUGACCCCUGCAAGUUUGCGCUCAUGAACAGGGAGACUUCGGAGAGGGUUGUUCUGCAAGCCGCCAAUGCUGACAUCCAGCAGGCCUGGGUGCAGGACAUCAAUCAAGUCUUAGAAACACAGAGAGACUUCUUAAAUGCACUACAGUCACCCAUUGAGUAUCAGCGGAAAGAAAGGAGCACAGCCGUGAUGAGGUCCCAGCCUGCUAGGACUCCCCAAGCCAGCCCCAGGCCCUACUCCUCUGUCCCUGUGGGCUCUGAGAAGCCCCCAAAGGGCUCCAGCUAUAACCCACCUCUGCCACCCCUGAAGAUAUCUACCUCCAAUGGCAGUCCAGGGUUUGACUACCACCAGCCUGGGGACAAGUUUGAGGCCAACAAGCAGAGCGACCUGGGAGGCUGCAAUGGGACCUCGUCCAUGGCCGUGAUCAAAGAUUACUAUGCACUGAAGGAGAACGAAAUCUGUGUGAGCCAAGGUGAGGUGGUCCAGGUCCUCGCCGUCAACCAGCAGAACAUGUGCCUGGUGUACCAGCCUGCCAGCGACCAUUCCCCUGCGGCCGAGGGCUGGGUCCCGGGCAGCAUCCUGGCGCCCAUCACCAAAGCCACGGCAACAGCAGAAAAUAGUGACGGGAGCAUCAAGAAGUCAUGUUCAUGGCAUACUCUACGCAUGAGAAAGCGGGCAGAAGUGGAGAACACGGGUAAAAAUGAAGCCACAGGGUCUCGUAAACCCAAGGAUAUUCUGGGCAACAAAGUCUCUGUUAAAGAGACCAACAGUUCCGAGGAGUCAGAGUGUGAUGAUCUUGACCCUAAUACUAGCAUGGAGAUCUUAAAUCCAAAUUUCAUCCAAGAAGUGGCCCCAGAAUUCCUUGUGCCCUUAGUGGAUGUGACCUGCUUGCUUGGAGACACAGUGACACUGCAGUGCAAAGUCUGUGGGAGGCCGAAGCCCACCAUCACCUGGAAGGGUCCAGACCAGAACAUCCUUGACACUGACAACAGCUCAGCCACAUACACCGUCUCCUCCUGUGAUUCUGGGGAAAUCACCUUGAAGAUCUGCAAUCUGAUGCCCCAAGACAGCGGGAUUUAUACCUGCAUAGCCACAAAUGACCACGGCACCACAUCGACAUCAGCCACAGUUAAAGUGCAAGGUGUUCCAGCAGCCCCUAACCGCCCCAUUGCCCAGGAGAGAAGCUGCACGUCCGUGAUUCUCCGCUGGCUACCCCCAUCCAGCACGGGAAACUGCACCAUUUCUGGGUACACUGUGGAGUACAGAGAGGAAGGUUCUCAGGCCUGGCAGCAGUCAGUGGCUUCGACCUUGGACACUUACCUCGUCAUCGAAGACCUCAGUCCCGGGAGUCCUUAUCAGUUCAGAGUCAGUGCCAGUAACCCCUGGGGGAUCAGCCUUCCCAGCGAGCCCUCGGAGUUUGUGCGACUUCCAGAAUACGACGCUGCUGCCGAUGGCGCCACCAUUUGUUGGAAGGAAAAUUUUGAUUCAGCUUAUACUGAGCUGAAUGAAAUUGGAAGAGGCCGUUUCUCCAUAGUCAAGAAGUGCAUUCACAAAGCUACCCGCAAAGAUGUCGCCGUGAAAUUCGUUAGCAAAAAAAUGAAGAAAAAAGAGCAGGCUGCCCACGAGGCUGCCCUCCUUCAGCACCUGCAGCACCCCCAGUACAUCACUCUGCAUGACACCUAUGAGUCCCCCACAUCCUACAUCCUGAUUUUGGAACUGAUGGAUGAUGGCCGGCUCUUAGACUACCUUAUGAAUCAUGAUGAGCUGAUGGAAGAAAAAGUAGCUUUCUACAUCCGGGACAUCAUGGAAGCUCUACAGUACCUUCACAACUGCAGGGUUGCACAUUUGGACAUAAAGCCUGAAAACCUGCUUAUUGACCUACGAAUUCCAGUGCCUCGAGUGAAGCUCAUUGACUUGGAGGAUGCUGUCCAGAUCUCAGGUCACUUCCACAUCCACCACCUGCUGGGUAACCCCGAGUUUGCUGCCCCAGAAGUGAUCCAAGGCAUCCCUGUGUCCCUGGGCACAGAUAUCUGGAGCAUCGGGGUUCUGACAUAUGUCAUGCUGAGUGGGGUCUCCCCCUUCUUGGAUGAGAGCAAAGAGGAGACAUGUAUCAAUGUGUGCAGGGUGGACUUCAGCUUCCCCCAUGAGUACUUCUGCGGCGUCAGCAAUGCUGCCAGAGAUUUCAUCAAUGUGAUCUUACAGGAAGACUUUCGAAGGCGGCCCACGGCAGCCACCUGCCUGCAGCAUCCGUGGCUGCAGCCCCACAAUGGCAGCUACUCCAAGAUCCCCCUGGACACCUCCCGCCUGGCGUGCUUCAUAGAACGCCGCAAGCAUCAGAACGAUGUGCGGCCUGUUCCUGAUGUCAAGAGCUAUAUUGUCAACCGGGUAAACCAAGGGACGUAGCCAUCUCCUGGCCCUUGAGGUUUCACAUGGAAGUGCAGUGUGAACCAAAGCAAGACUGAAUGUGUCUGUAAAUAAUUCUGUUAAUUAUUUCACUCCAUGCGGUUCUCUGGAUUGAGAGAUGUACCUCUUAAACCUCGUCAGUGGUUAUUCAGGGUCUAAGCAGGAG